AGCUCCAUCGUCAGCGCGGCGGGGGAAGGUGCUAAGGCUAAGGUGUGACCGGUCACGUCAGCAAUGGCAUCUUUGAUCAGGGCAGUGGAUGCGGACACAGGCGCCAUGCCACUGCGACGUUUUGGGGCCAGACAUGGCAAGGCGGCCUUGCCCUGGCUUGCGCGAGCAGCUGUGGUCAUGGUGUGUGCUUAUCUCCUCGGCGACGCGCUCCGCUUUGGCGCGAGCUUUCUGUCGGGAGGCCUAGCCCGCUGGCCCCACCGACCGAGCGUGUCCCGGUCUGCGGCAACCCCAGGUGUGAUGCAGUCAACCUCUGUUGAGCUGGAAUUAGCUGUGCAGCAGGGAAAACCCGUGGUCGUGGACUUUUAUGCCACUUGGUGCGGCCCCUGUCAGAUGCUAACGCCAGAGCUGGUGAAGGUGGCUGCGAGGCUUCAAGAUCGCGUCACCAUUUUGAAGGUAGACACGGAUGUGGAGACUGAGAUUGCCAGCGAGCUGGAUAUCCAGGCUCUUCCCACCCUGCUCUUCUUCAAAGAUGGCAACAUGAAGCCCGUGGCCAAAGUGGAGGGCCUGGUCUCAGCCGAUUGGCUCGAGGACUACAUCACGGACAACCUCUUUCCAAGCGAAGUGACCGAAGUCACCGAAGCAAGCGAAGUCACCGCGGCGGAAGCCUCGUGAUCGGUGCGGUGUUCGGAACACCACGCAACCGGUGUUCGGUUGGUGUUGAGUAGUUGGUCUGACCGUUUGGCUCGUAGUGAAGGUCAAUGAAGGUCACAAGGUGGCAAGCAAAUCCAUUGUUUUGACAGUUUGUGACCGUGUUGGCCACCAAAAUUACAUUUAAACAACGGCGUGGCGCCAUGCGGAACCUGAUGCGAUAUUUCGGCCGCCUUUCUUGCCAGCCGAGCUAUGUGAUGGCAAGCCGGGGCGAAGCCUGGGGGGUUCAGAAAACGAUGAAUCGCUGGUCCAGGUGCAACGUCACACACUUGGGCAUGUUGGGGGUGUCUCAAAGAACAUG